AUGAGCUACGAAGAACCAGUUAUCAAUGAUCACGAGAGUGCCAUCGGCACCCCCAAGGAUCAUAACGAUGGUUAUGUUACCAUCGGUCGCACCCGUGUGCCCAUCGAGGACGUCCUCACCGCAUAUGGUGGCAACCUGAACCCGGGCAUUGCUGCUCCAUCAACCCACAGGUUCGCUAACCCCACUCCUGUCGGUCUUGGUGGAUUUGCCAUGUGUCUGUUUGCCUGGUCUAUCGGCAACUUCCAGGGUUUCGGUAUCUUGGUUCCUAAUGCCAUUGUUACCCUUGCCAUCUUCUACGGUGGUGUUACCCAGCUUUUGGCCGCCAUGUGGGAGAUUGCUGUUGAAAACACCUUUGGUGCCGUUACAUUGUCGGGCUAUGCCUCGUUCUGGCUCUCGUGGGGUGCUCUUAACAUCCCCUGGUUCGGUGUUGGUCAGGCUUAUGCUGCUGUUGAGAACGGUCCCCGUAUGAUGCAGAAGUAUGUUGGCUUCUACUUCCUGUGCUGGUGCAUUUUCAGCGCUGGUCUCUGCACCUGCACCGUGAAGAGUACCUUCCCCAUGUUUGCCAUGUUCUUCCUUUUGUUUGUUACCUUCCUUUUGCUUGCUAUUGGCUCUCUUACUCCUACCGAGGGCUGCAACAAAGCCGGUGGUAUCGUUGGCAUCAUCGCCGGCGUUAUUGCAUGGUAUAUUACUUUUGCUGGUAUCGCUACCAAGGAGAACUCUUAUGUUACUGUUCGUCCUAUUUACAUGCCCGGCAGCAUCCACGGCAAGAGUUACAAGGCUUGA